AUGGAGGUAGACGAUCCUCCUGUGGAUGAAGCCCGCCCAGGGACUCCGCGGCCUGUUCGAAAACUCUGGUCCGCUAUUGGGACCUUCCACCCCUACCCCCCUCCCCGCAUCUCCCUGAAACGGAGGGCGCCAUUCUCCCCCUAUAGGAUGCCUACGGCGAUAACGGCCCCUAUAUCCAACACGCAGGCCCCUGGAUCGAUAUGCCAGCAGGCUACCGCAGCAGCAAACGACCAGCUCCUGCUCCUAGGUGACUGGAAGCUGGCACUAACCUCCCUUGCAGAGGCACUUGAGACAACCAUCUCCUCUCUACAAGGUCGUCCCAAAGAGCUCGCUAGAGGGCUUGUAGCUAGGUUUAUUACCCUGGCAAACCACAACACCCCACAGCAAGGGGCAAAGCCUGAUAUAGCACGCCCCCAGCAGGCGCAGGCAUAUCAAGCUAAAAAGACCUUACAGGCCUCAACCUGGGCCUCAGUUGCCGCCCCCAAAGCUAGCCAGGACAACUGGCAAUCUAUUACUCAAGAAUACCAUGUGCAAGCUUCUCAACAGCAGGCACAAAAGCCAGCCCAGCAGCAGCCUCAGCAGGAAAGCGAAGCUGACUCCUGUAUCUUUCUCCGGCUGCUAGUCUCCUCCAGCCUACAAGCUAUUAGGCUGCAUGGUAUCCGGGUCACCCUGGCAGAGAAAAUUCCUGGUGGAAUUACAUGA